UCCAAGCUCAGUAGUCAUUCGGAGGUGGUCGCGAUCGGUUGGGUGAACUCAAAAACGUUCCAUUUCGAAUUUCCCGAUAGUAGUUCCGGGAGCUUUUGCGCGUGUGCAAAAGAUCGUGUGUGGUACCGCACAAAAUCGGUAGAGCGUACAACGCGGUUGGGUCGCAACAUUCGAAUCAAUCCAACUCAGUGGGAACUGUGCGUGAGAGGAAGAAAUAACAAUGGUGGUAAUUAUGGAAUUGAUUGUGUACUGCAAUUGUCACGUUUGACGAGCUGAAGAUUGCAAUGAUAGUGGAACAUAUUCCAAUCAGCAACUUACACUAGUGUCAAUUCAAGUGAAAAUAACGUCUAAAUACAAAAUUGUGAAAAUGUUACAAAAUUACUUCGUUUGUAGUAAUCCGAAAAGUGAGAAUCAUAGCCGAAACACGACCACAUUACAUGUUUAUAUAAUUACGUAAUAAAUUCGAAGUGUUGCUGUUCGUCUCAGACAGUCAAGUACCAACCAUUAGUGAUUGGAUGAAACCGCGAAAAGAAAGGUGGAGAAAUGAAUAACAAAGCAAAAAUCUGCGGAGCACAGUAAGAAAGAAAUCAGUUGUGUUGUGUCAAGUGUGAAACGCUAUUUUUGCAUGAAUAUCCAAUCAACCCUUGUGUGGUAUUCGUGGAUCCGAAAUUUCGUAAUGAUUUACCGUUGUAUUGGUUUCGAAGUGUUGCGUUAAAUGAAAUAAUUAGUAAAACGAUACCAAUAAAGAUAAUGUACACGCGCUCACAAUGCCUAGAACUAAAACGUGUCUUAAUAAAGUGCGUAAACAAUUGAUUGAUAAAAAACCAUAAUUUUGGUAUAAAAAUACGAAAGUGCAUGAGACAAAUUCGAAUAAACCAUAUGGUUUCGAUAGCCAAUCCGCAGAGCGUGUGCGUGUGUGUGGCCGAAAUCACCCACCGACUCAGCGACACUAGCACGAUCAACAAACUUUAACCGCAACUGGAUAUUGCGGUAAAAGAUCCAUACCAUCGACGAGGGGAUCGUGAAAGAUGACGUCAUUUGCUGACCAUGUAAACUUCGGGAACCAUCAUUGGAUUGCAUUGUUGUUAUGGCUGGGGAUUAUAUUAUCACCCGUUGCAGAAUCACAAGAGCUUAAUACACCUCCCGUGAUUUUAGUCGACCGAAACUGGCGAAUUCGGGAAAACAUCACCGUUGGUUCAAUGAUCAAACAGGUCGGAGCAGAAGAUAGUGACAACGACGAACUGGAGUUUGGACUGGACCCAUUAGGAAAUGGGCAACUACAGCCAUUUGUGAUAGAUCCGCGAAGCGGAUAUGUUUAUCUGAAUGAAAGUCUGGAUGGAAAAGCUGGACAGAACUUUUUCGUGUACGUCACUGUUACGGAUGGUUUAGUCACAUCGAAGAACGAAGUGUACGUCAACAUUCUUAGCAAAAAUGCCACUGAUGUGUAUAACUUCAGGGGACCCCAAUUCACACCGGACAUCAACAGCAUCCGAAGGAUAUUGCCUCCUGGAAUACACCUUCCCGGAAUCAGCUCUAUACCACAAGCUCCACCUCCACCGCCACCGUUUCCACCACGUCCAACGGUGCCGUUAGACAACAAUCAUCAUUCAGUCUCAUCUACUACUAAGCAAACCAAAACAUAUCCGGAUAGAUCAUUGGAAUUCAGUACCGAAGCAUCGCAACCCACAAACAAUGGAACCAUCACUAAACUUUCUCCUGUAUCCAAAAAUGAAGCAACUGCCUCGGCAAGUCCCGCACCGUCAGUACCUCAUCCGACAUCCCCGCGCAGCAGUGGCAGUUCAAUUAGUCCAAACAGAACAAAACCCGGUACGGACGAAAGCCAUCAGCUUACAUCGGUUUUGCCUGUUAUCAUCUCGGUAGUGGCCAUUUUUCUGAUCGCAGGCCUAGUGGCUGUUUGCAUGUUCCGCAAAUAUCUUUGCGACAUUAGCAAAACACUCAAAAAGAAAAACAAAAUCGACAAAGCCAAAAAGUCAAACCAAAGUAAUCUCAGUAGCAAUAUCAACUCGAGCACGACGGCUGAGGAUAGUCGAAACUCAAUAGGCAUGAACCACUGGAGCGGCCCGAUAGCGUUUAGCAACCGUUACACUUCGCCAUGGGAGCGAGAGCAGAAUGGACACAUGCAGGUAACAUCUCAGCUCUCGUCGACCAGCUCGAACAACUCGGCCAUGAAUGGUUGUAUAAAAGACCGAUGGGAAUUCCCGCGUCAUCGUCUGAAAGUGUUCAACAUACUGGGCGAAGGUGCCUUCGGUCAGGUGUGGCGCUGCGAAGCUACCGAGAUCGAUGGCAAGGAGGGCAUUACGGUAACGGCCGUCAAAACGCUGAAGGAGAAUGCAAGCGAGGCCGAACGAAACGAUUUAUUGUCGGAGCUACAGGUGCUGAAGUCACUCGAGCCGCACAUCAACGUUGUGCGAUUGCUCGGAUGUUGCACCGAGAAGGAUCCGAUCUUCGUAAUUCUCGAGUACGUCAAUAUGGGCAAACUGCAGACAUUUCUGCGAAAUUCGAGAGUUGAGAAGCACUACGGUAACACCCACGGAAAGUCGAAGAUUCUAACAUCUGGAGAUUUGACAUCCUUCAUAUACCAGGUGGCAAGGGGAAUGGAUUUUCUAACAUCACGAGGAAUCAUCCAUCGGGACCUUGCUGCACGAAAUAUCCUGAUUACCGAGGACCACACUUGCAAGGUGGCGGACUUCGGUUUCGCCCGUGAUAUCGUCACAUCCAAAGUGUACGAACGGAAAAGUGAAGGCCGAUUGCCUAUUCGGUGGAUGGCUACUGAAUCGCUGUACGAUAACAUCUUCACCGUUAAAUCAGAUAUCUGGAGUUUCGGUAUUUUGAUGUGGGAGAUCGUCACGCUCGGUUCGACGCCCUAUCCGGGCAUCGCCGCUGCAGAUGUGAUGCGUAAAGUUCGCGACGGCUAUCGAUUAGAGAAACCGGAACACUGCCGCCGCGAACUAUACAACAUUAUGUUUUACUGCUGGGCUAAGGAUCCGAAUGAGCGACCAGAUUUCCCGGAGGUAGUGGAAAUGCUCGACCGGUUGCUACAGACUGAGACAGACUAUAUCGAGCUGGAACGAUUUCCGGAUCACAACUACUACAACAUGCUGAAUAUGAGUGGCGAAAAACUUUAACUAAAUGUUGUUUUCCAUAAUGAAAACCACAUUCUGGAGAUUACUUAUUUGAAGCAACCGAUGUAAAUAGUCUUAAAAUUGUGAUAAGUUUGGCCUCUAGUGAGCUAUUUAUAAUGAACUGAAUCACAGCAAUGGCGAGUGAGCUUAACUUCCUGGAAAUGGAAAUGUAUUUCAAAGUGUAAAUAAUUACUAAUAAAUUGCUAUUUCGAACAAACUGAAAAAUAUAUUCUGGUUGACUAGUUA